AUGUCGCGAACAUCCUUUCCAAUGUAUUUUGGUCAGAAAAAAAAGUUUGGUGGUGAUGCUGCUUCAACAUCAUUGACUAAGAUUAAUUUAAAAGUAGAACAGCAAGUGAAUGCAAGUUUUCCACUAAUUCAUAAAACAGCUACAACAAUGACUUUUAAAAAUGAUUAUCAUACGGGAUUAGAAGGUGUUCUAGAAUUUACGUUACCAGAUACAGCAAGAAUCUGCGGAUUUGGUCAGUAUAGGACAAUAACUUUCAGAGCCAUUCAAAGAGUGAAACACGACGGAAACAGAUUUGUCGUGAAAAAAUUCGAUUCCGUCGAACUCUCGUGCAAGAUUAGCAUAGAAAUCGUUCCCAUUGUUUUUGCUUAUACUUACGGUCUUGAUGUUGAAAAGGAAAAGGCGCGUGUAACAUUUGAAAAAGAAGUUCGAAAAGGUGUCGAUCCAGGUUUAGUAAAAAUGGUUACUGGAAACAUAUUUCGUACACGAAUAUGUCCAAUUGAAGCGGGUAGAACGAGGAUUAUACGUGUUAUUUAUCAAGAUCAAGCACAAAUAGAAGAUGGACAUUUUAUUUUGAAUAUUCCAAUUCAUUUUACCACAAAUCUAGACAGUUUAGACAUUUCAUUAAUUUGUACACAAACAAAGAACAAUACUAAACCAAAAAUUCUAUCUCGUACAAAUUUUCAACAACAAUUUCAUCAAUCAAACGAUUAA